AUGGUUGGAUGGAAAGAUAGAAAGUUUAGAAAUUUAUACUAAAAUCCUGUCACCGUUAAAGUUAAACACUCUUAUAAUGCCCUGGAAAGUAGCUGAAGUUGAGACACAGGAGGAAGAAGCUACUGUAAAUCUGCUGAGAAGGGAACAAAGUGGUGCUUUGUACAAGGUUGAUGAACUUGCAAGAAUCACAUCAGAUGAAAAAGUUGAUUUCAGACCACUAGUCACGUCAAGUGCAGUAUCUGCUGGAGGGAUCUCGUUAUCACUGUUCAAUGAAAUCUUUAUAUUUCACGGUGAGCAUUCAAAUUUCAUAUCGACUGUGUCAUUUGAAAGCAAUGUCGAUACAAUGGCAUGGUGCCCCGAUUCAGAAUUCCUGGUCAUUUGUGACAGUUCCGGAACUAUCCAUUUCUUUUCUAUUACUCUUGGAGACAUAGUGUUCACUUCCAACCUAGUCGAGGUCUCGGAGGAGAAGUUGCAUUGUGACUCUUAUUUCAGUCAUUCCAUGUUCGCCAGCAGUCAAGAAAGGGACGGUGUUAAUCUUACGAUUUUGUCGCAUGACUGUUGCGUGUUCUCUUUCAAAGAUCUCCCCUUACGCGAAUUGUCGAAGGCACUUGAAUCAAAUGACCUAGCUUCCAUCGGUAAACUAAAAGAAGACAUCCAAAUGGAAAUCUUAAAAGUUUCGGAUGUGCACGAUAACACCGGUUAUUUUGUGCAAACACCUGGUUUAAAAUCUUCAUUGAUCUUGUCCGGAGCAGGACGUGCUGCGAUCAGCAUGUGGAGUGAUCAAAGUUUAGUGGAUAUAAUUGAAGCAAACUUUUUGGAUGGUGCCUUCGUGAAAAAGUGUGAUGUAAGCCUUGAUGGUAAAUACAUACUUAUCUUAGAUGGAGAGUCAAACCUAACCAUGUGGGAUACAAAUGCGUUAAUAAUGUUGUCAGUUCCUUGCCAUGCAAUUAAAGAUUUCAUUUUGACAAGCAGCAGUGCAACAUUUGAAACUGGUACCACAACAUCGGACUCGGGGCAAGUUAUAACGUUAUCCGAAACCGUCGAUGGUGAAGGGAAAAUGCAAAUCUACCAAUUACCAAAUUUUGAAGAAAUAUUUUCAAAAGAGGUUGCCAAGAGCUGUUCUCUUGCUAAGUCUAAUUUGCAAGAAAAAGUGAAUUACACAGAAGAGUAUGUCGGCGAUGCUAGCAAUAACAAUAUCCAAGGUCUUGCGUUCAAAUGUCUCUCAGAAUCAUCUCCAGAGCACCGUGUUUACAACUUGAUUAGAAAGAAGAAAUUUGAUGCUGCUUUGGAAUUUUCAAACGUUUUUGGACUGGAUGUUGAAUUUGUUUACAAAGCAAAAGCGAGUACGAUUUUAGCUGACAUACCCACUAAGAUCUCGGAAAGUGAUAGCAAUGCUAAGGACAAAUUGCUGUCAGUGGAUCAACUGAUUGAUGACCUUGAAGAAACCCUUCAAAACGUACGCAGUAUUGAAUUUUGUGUUGAGUGCUGUCUUACAGCUUCACCACCUCAACUGCGGCAAGUUCAUCGGUUGCUUUGUUUUGCUAAAGACAAAAUCAGUAAGGAUUUUGGUAAAAGCAAGAACAAGCACAGCAAAGAGAUGAAUAAUGUUCUGUUUUCGAUACACCGCCUCGAGACGUUCCGGAUGGUUUUUGGAGAUUCUAAAUUCAGUGGGCAUAAAUGGCAACUGUUUUCAACUGGAUGUAUGUUCAGCAAAGUGACACAAGCACUUAGUGAGGGCAAAUUAUCCAAUGCAGCGGUCAUUUGGGUACGUCACCAUACUGAAUUUGAAAGUGCCUUUUCGUGCGAAAAAUUGCAAAAACUUUUGGCAUCUGUUAGAUCAGACUUACCAUCUUCGAGUAUCGUUUCAUGGAUGAAAUCGUAUCUUGUUCCUUUUAUCAUAUGUUCAGUAAGUGAUCGAAAAGCUUUGUUUGUUUUGGCUUCCUGGCUCGAGCAGCGAGUAAUUUCCUUGGAAAUUGCAGAAAAAGAGAACUGGCCUAACAAUGGGCUUGAAAUGGCCACGCUUUUGUUUGACGUCGUAUCGAAAUGCAUAGACGAGAACAGCAACUACAUGAAUGUUCCAACACCAGUUAUUGUCAGCCAAGACUAUGGUUCUGCUCUUGUUCAUGUAUCUCUGAAAGACAAGGAAUCGAACCCGCUAUCAUCAUUGGCACUAUUGGUUGAACAUUUAACAGAGUUAAAGAAGCUUCAUAUCAACUACCACUGUAAACUCCCUUUGGCAGAGUUCACAAAGGAGACUCCAACUGGAAUUAUGUUCAAAAUGUUGGACUGUGUCUUGGCUCUGACUUUAAUUCCCAACGUCAUCAACAACCAAAUCGCACAAUAUGGGGUACAACAUGGUUUCCAAAUUGAUGAUGUUCUUUUGAAGUAUAUCAGUUACAAAACGAAGCAGGUUUAUUCAUCUAUUUCAUCAAAUAGUUACUAUGAAGAUCGGUUUGUCGAAAUAACCAGGUGUAUCAGGACGAGGGCAAAACGACUUGAGGCUAUUCUGAUGCUAAUGUCCUGGGCAUCAGUUCCUUGGAGACGCACGAUUGAGGAAAUGGUUCGCAAAGCAAUGAACGACGACCCAUCAAAUUCAAGUUUACAAAUGAGCUAUCGCUUGAUGGAGAUAAAGAAGAUUUUAAGCCACUAUAACAUUCGUGACAUCGAACUCUCUAGUGACUUACAUCUUAAAAACGUUCUUAAAUAUAUGCUUGGAACGUCGCACGAGACCGCAUUGCAGGAUGCAUUGCGAAUUGUUGAGACCUAUCAUUGCAUGUGUGAAGAAGAUAUCUAUGUCAUCAGGCUUAGAAAUUUGUGCUUAAGAGGUUUACCUAACGAGUGCGUGCAAUUGUUGGUGGAUGUUGACGACUCGAAGGUCAUGUCCGUCGCCAAUUACUUUCUUACAUGGGUGCUACUUGUUGUCGAUGUUUAUGCCGACGACGUAGAUGACCGAAGUGAGCGCAAAUUGGUUAUCCAGGCCGGUAUCCAAACUUUGGAGUUUCUACAAAACAUUGGUGAGCUUACAGAUGAAACCAAAGUUACCCUCAGUACUCUGAAGAGCAUUCUUGCACUUGAAAAGGAGUUUUCAAUAUUUGUUACCUAUCAAAACUACAGCGAUGCAGAGACAAGUAACGAGAUACUUUCCGCUCAUCUGAAGAAAAGUAAUAUUCCGAUACAAAGCUUUGUCGGGAUACAAGAAGGUGCCCUGGACAAACUAUCGCGGUUAGCUAGCCUGUUUGGGUUUUCUCUUUUGCAGCUACAAAACAAGAUUAUGCUUCAGUAUAUUUCUGACGAUUCGAAUUGUUUGGAGUCAUUUACUAUGUCAAUUUGCAAUGCAUGGUUGAAUCUGAAUAUGUAUGAACUGUCAAGCGAGGACGUUUUUGCUCUAUGCAUGUCCUUCCUGAAACAACAAGUUACCGAUGGUAAAGAUAUCUUUUCAUCAACAGAUUUCAAUGUCCCUGCGAUGACUUAUAUGUUAGCUUGCCGUGCAGCAACGAAUUGUGAAUCAAUCUACCUCAACGAUUAUUUGGAAUUGUGUAGAGUGUGUUGGCUGUCAAAUAUGCUCUAUGUAAGUUGCGAAAGUGGUGAUUUUAGUCUAUCUACAUCAACUUGUGGAGAAGAUUUACUUCUACUGUGGAACACUGCCAGCCGGUUUCGAGAUAAUGGUUUUGUUUUAGAUAUUAACUCGGCAUUUCCGCUUUACAACACAUUUGUUAAGUCAGUCCUGUUGGCAGUUAAUAGUCCCGCUGAGCAUUUGGAAAGUCUUGGAGUUGCAUGCCGAGAUUUGGUUGUUCACUUGGAAGAAAACAAUCUGCACGAACUAGCUUUACAUUAUGCUCUUUGCUCACUACGUCAUCUUCUUGUCUUCGCCUCACGUGAUGAGAUUGCACUGUCUACAGUAAAUGAAGAUGAGAAACAAACCCCGAGAAUAGCAUUGCUACAUCAAAUGGGUGUACAUGGUGUUCAACACGUUUCUUCAAUGUUACUCAACCUUGUAUCGAAGGUUAUGCAUGACAGUUCUAUUGACUACAGCGUUGCCCUUGGUUAUAUAAGCUCCGUUUCCGAAGAUGCUGCACUACAAAAGUUAAAGAUUGAUUUUGCCGUAGAUGAAGGGCAUGACCCAUCCCAGGCUAUUGCAGCCUUCAAUGUUUUUUUGGGUUAUGCUAAAUGCUUCUGCGAUGAGAAAAUGGUCAAUGCUGUCGAGGAAUUGUACUCAGAUGCGUUGUGGCACACAAAGCUCCAGAAACUCGGCAUUACUUGUGAGAAAUUGUUGAUUGGUGAAACGAAAGAAGUUAGAAAAGUCCUCGAACUUCUGCUAGAAAAACCUGCAAUCGAUGUUGCAAUCAUUGUGGAAUUUUGCAAGUGUUUUUCCAUCGAUAUUAACGAUACUUUGCAUACCUAUGUCAAAUUCAAUUUAGCGGGAAGUUGUUUGCUUGGUGAUACAGCAGCCCUUAGCGUUCCCUCUGAUUCUUCAAGCGCCAUCAUCAAGUUCCAAGAUAAUCUUGUCCGUGCCCUCGACUAUAUGUCAAAACAGUCAAGUGUGUCCGAGUUGCUAGCCUUGCUUAAAGAUAUCCUUAUCUCCCUUCCUCUAUAUGAUUACGAGCGAGUGUUGAUAGUUUUGGAUGAAAUUAUCAAAUUGUCUAGCAAUGAAGAUCAAGAGAUUUUUCGAAGACAGUUGGAAGUACUGAAUAUUUUAGCGAACUAUACGCGCAUCGCUGUCCCGUCCGAAUAUGAGGAACAUUAUCAAGCUAAAGAGUUAUCGUUUGGUGCGAAGGAGCAUCCUGUCCUUCCCAAAAGCUUAGCGGAGAAAAGACUACCGUUUCACCCACUGUUUUCUGGUAAGCCUUGGAAAAUUAUUGCACCGGAGCUAAAUGACUGCACUAUCACGAAGCUACUUCGACUUUGCCAAAUUUUGAAGAUGCAGGAGGAUCAAGCGUAUGUCGUUGCUGCGAACAACUUGGUUUCGUCAUGUUUGCGUGAAAAGCCUGCAGAUGAAGGCGCGUCUGACAAUCCUUGCUCAAGUAUUUACUUCGAAAAGGCAGCUAGUCUUCUUUCAGCAGUAAGAAAUCCCGAGUUAGCAGUGAAGACAGGAUUGACUCUGCUCUCCAGAUGGCCUCAGUCCGAAGAAAGAGUGAAAGCAGCCAGUGCUUUAGUUGAGUUAGUCCAGCAGUGGAAAUCAAAUUGCCAAGGUGAAGAGUUGCAACUAGCGGAAAAAGUUUUAAAGACCACCAAAGAUUUAUGCCAAGAAAUUGUCAUCCAACAUAUUCUGCAUUCGAACGGUGUGACAGAUGAGAGUUCCUUUAACCUGAAACGAAAGCCUGUUAAGCUGAUCUUCCAUUUGUAUGAAACAUAUGGUUGCGUACCGGACGAAACGCGACCCAAUGUCCACAAGAUUGCUGAAGAAGUUGCUGCAGCAAGUGAUCUAAAUAUCACGAAAGUUCGCAAUCGUCUACUUAUGGAGUGGCAGCCGUCGUCUUCUUCACGAGGCAUAAGAUCUGCAGAGAAUUCCACAGUUGAAAAGCAUGUAAAAGAUCGGGAUAAUCUUAAGCGAGUCGUGUAUCUUAUGCAAGCAGAUUCCAUUCAGAAGAACGCACUUUUCCUGUUAAACUUUGCCUAUAGACAAGGACCAUCAAAGAUAACAUACGAAAGCCGAGUUAAGGCAAUGAAAUUACUCUUUAAUAUUGCGUCGCAAGAAAUUAUUGAGUCUGUUGCUAGUGGUUCCAUAGAUGAGCUCAAGAAUUACAUGAAAUCUUUAGUUUAUCUUUCGGAAUUGGCGCACUUGCAUUUAAAUCAGACCGUCGAGUCGUUUCAACGUUGCAACAAAGAAGGUUUAGUGAAAGGCUUGUGGAAGAAUCACAAAGAUAAUGCACAUGCAAUUUUAUUGAUUGCUGAUAUAUGUUUAGAUUCAAAGAUUUCCGACCCACAUAUUUGGACAAACAUCCUUCGACAGCUCUUUCAUCUUGGAUUGAUCACGUACUUGAGUAACCUUUUGCCUCGUCUCACCCAAUUUCCAAACCUUUGGCAGGCAUCCAACCUUUUAAAGGUGUGGACAGAUCUUGCAAUUCAGACGUUGGAAAAAGCUGUUCACCCAUUAUCGCCGGAGGAGGUAGAAUUCUGUCAAAGGUCCAUGCAAUUGCUGCAGAAGUGUCCAAUCAUGACUGAAGUAAUUACUUUGUCGCUCUUCAACAAAUUGUUGGAACUUCGUUUGCAUUCCUAUGCACUUGCAUGUUUAACGUUACUUCAACCAAAUGUCAUCUUCCCUAGCCUUACGAAGCUGAUGUCUGUUACUACUCCAAAAGAAAUCCUGGACGUAAUAUCCAAAGAACGGUCUUUAGGACAAUGUUACGUUAAUCCGGACGCUGUUGAAUCUCUUGUCUUUGACUUUUUUUACGCUUCUGAUUCGUACAAAGAUCUACAAGACUCGGAACAUUACUUCAAGUUUGCCGACUACCUAAUCAGAAAGAGCAAAUUUUCCGCGAUGGUCAUGACUUUAGUAAAGAACUACGAGCUUAAAGCUGCCAUAGAGUUAGCGCUCCAUUAUGACAGGCAUGCUUUUCCAUUGAAGAAUGAAAGGCCUCAUUUUGAUGUCAAACCACCUGUAGCUGGUUUAGAGGAUUUAGUGGCAUUUUUGAAGAAAUUUGCAUUGUUGAAUGAAGCAGCCCCAUACCUACCUGAUUUUGAACGACUGGCCGUUGUCGAAGAUGAAAAGCCCAAGUUGGCUUCAGACAGUUGUAAUAUAGCGGAAGAUGAAUUUUUCGAUGUCUUUUGAAUGGGAACGCAACAUAUAACAUUUUUCAUGGGUUACCAUAUUUUCUUCAGUACUUUUUAUACAACGUAAUUUGUUAGUUAAUUAUAUGUCGUUUAAAGCCCCGUUUACACUACAGUCAAUUUAUUGGCACGGCACAGCUAAAAUGGGUACGCGUACCCAAUUUUAUUAGUGCUCAGGCUACCAAAGGACUUGGUGCGUAUUAAAUGGGCACGGGUAUGCUUUUUAGCCGUGCCGUGCUGAUGAAUUGAGUGUACUGUAAACAGGGUUUAAUUGCAUUGGGCUUACUAUAAUGGCGUUUGCAUGAAUAUUGCAUUUUUUGCGUGGAUAAGAGACUCGUAUCAUAUUGACAA